GGAGGGAGAGAGAGGAAGAGAGAGAGAGAGGGAAACAUCGAUAGCUACUCGGUGUACGUGUACAAGGCGCUGAAGCAGGUGCACCCCGACACCGGCAUUUUGUCCAAGGGCAUGGGCAUCUUGAACUCGUUCGUCAAGGACAUCUUCGAGCGCAUCGCGGGCGAGGCAUCGCGCCUGGUGCAUUACAACAAGCGCUGGACCAUCACGUCCCGGGAGAUCCAGACGGCCGUGCGCCUGCUGCUGCCCAGGGAGCUGGCCAAGCACGCUGUGUCCGAGGGCACCAAGGCCGUCACCAAGUACACCAGCUCCAAGUAGACUCGCAAGGCAGAGAUGAAUGCAGAGCAGAAAUGAAUGUAAAC